AUGAAUUCCACUCGAGAGGAGCGGCUGCAAAUGCGGCAGCGCGGAGCAGCGACCCGUAAGAUCAAGGAAGUCGACUUUGGCUUCUCGUUUGGCGCUCCCCCGCCCGAAGAACUCUCCCAGCCCUCGUCGCAACCGACCGAACCCCCCGCGAUCCCUACCUCAUUGGCGCCGAAGAGCUCACAACCUCCUCCAGUGGUGCAAGAACGGAAAACACCGCCUCCUCAGACCCAGGAAUCGAGUGAGCAAGCUGUACAGCGCACCCCGGGAACGGCGCGUAAUGCACUCCCUGAACGGCCGUCGACGUUUGACGUGUCCGGGGACGAGGCGCCAGACCUCGGACGUAGCAGCAAAAGAAGAAAAAUCGAGCCCCCUGCCUUCGGUCGCAGGAUAUCCCGGCGUCGAGAUGGCACGCGACAAGGUAAACAAGCUUCUCCGCCUCUCCCGAAUGGCACCGUGACUAGCUCACUCGCACAACCCCCCAUUGAAUCCGAUGUCAUGUCUACUUCUACGAAUGUAGUGGGUCAUGAGAAUCAGCCACCGGAGGCAAAUGCCGGUCAGAACAAGGAACAAGCGCUACGAAAAGCACCUGAACUGGCGCUUGAGCCGGCUGCACCAGUACUUGAGCCAGCAGCUUUAUCACCACCACCAUCAAAUGAACUAAAUACAUCAAGUGAGCUACCGGCCGCACAAGCCCCGGGUUCGUCAGCCCUUGCGGUUGAUGUCACAAUGGAUGAACAGACGGCCCAAGUAGACGGACUGGUGAAGGAAAGGGGCGACCGGAAUUCCCCAGGAGCUCAACCAGCAUCGCAACCGAACGGUACAUCGCCGUCCGAUACUGGCAGGGGCAAACGCAAACGACGAGGAAUCAGUGCGGGUGAACGUCCACCGCAGAGCACCUCAAGUCCACCAACCGUCAGCGAGGACACACAACAGUCAUCGCAACCUACAUCUCCGAAAGAACACCUGAAUGCCAUCAAGGGGAAACGCAAGAGACAGGAACCAAGCGCGGAUGGUCGUUCCCCAUCGCAGAGCGUUGCAGCGUUGGAGACGCCCGGCGAGGCUACCAAACAGCUAGCACAAACUCCGUCGCCGGAGCCAUCUCAAAAUGCCCCCAAGGGAAAACGCAAACGACGAGAAUCCAGUGCGGAUGCGCGUUCCUUGCCGGAGAGUGCUGCAGCUUCAGGAAUUGGUGGCGAGAGCCCCCAGCUUUCGCCAGCACGGCUUCAGCCACCAAAAGAAAUUCAAGAUACCGCUGCGGAGACGGCGUCUCAAACGUCUCAACGAACAAAACGACUUCGACCUCAAAAAUCCGCCCAGGAAUCGCCUACCGGCGAGCAAUUGGAAGAAAGCAGGGCUGGCCCAGUUCGAUCCAAUCCAGCAGAAGUGCCAUCACGUCCGCGUCAGGAGUUGAGAAGCCUUCGAAAUAAAAAGGCGAAAGCGACCUCCCCUAAGGUCCUCGAUGCCAACGAAGAACCAGCUGAUCAACGUGCCCCAGUUCGCGUUGCCCCUGAAGCUGAUACUGCGAAUCAUGAAGAUAUUCAACCACGCCAGGCAUCAAAGGAGAAAGGGAAGGGACUGAAACGCGCCGGGCGCGUGGAGAAGAAGUCUCCUAGUCCGCCCGAAGUUGUAGAGGUACCUCGACCGGGUCGCAAGAAUACGAAACAACCCGAGGCAUUGGGUCAAGAGCAAGAACCUGAUCGCGAGCCCGAGCCUGAACCCAAACCCGAACAGUAUUCAGCCCCCAAACGUGGCCGUGGUAGACCGUCAUUGUCGAAGAAGAGUGGCAGUACAACCACACAAGCCGAAGAAUGGACAGCGCAAGAGGACGCAGACGAGAGCGCUUCUCGACCUACAAGGAGAAAACCCAGGCAACCUCGCGGAGAAACAGUUCCGGUUACAGUGCAUCGUCUCGCUAACGCCGCUUCCCUUGGCGGUGAUGUAGGUGGCUCAGACUCGGAGGAAGGUGACGAGUCUGACGAGGAGCUCUCAACCAGACAGAGGACGAAACUCCCCAACAGAGGAGGCGUGAAUGUUGCUGACGUGCUCAGCCAGAUCUGUCGCGAGACACUAGACAAGACGCUGACGACACUGACCAACGGGAUCUCGAACGAAGGCAAUGCUGCCCGGCGGUCGGAAUGGAGUCGCAAGAAGAAAGCCGUGGAAGCCUACAGGAUGGAAUUGGAGAGUCGUCUUUUUGAGCUGAGCGAGCUGCUCGACAGUAACUUUAUGCUGGGGGUGCAGCUCCGAAAGGCCAAACGCGAGAUGAUGGACAAGCGGAGCCGCUUGUUCCAAGUGCGCAAAGAAAGGGAGGCUGUCGCACUGCAGAUGGACGCCGUCCGCAAGAAGCACCGCGAGGAGGAGGAUGUCAGAGCCGCCCGCUCUACUAUUAACCACUCUCUGCACAAUCUAGAUCUCGUCCUCGAGCGGAGCAAGAAUCGCACCACCGAUGAGAAUGAAGAGGAUGCGGCCGAUUCAUCUCCGACCGUGGGACUGGAAUUUAUGCUGCGUACGGUAGCAGAGAGUGCGAGCUCCCGAGCGCCUGGAGCUCACGGAGGGCUUUUAAACCAGAUAAAGGCAUUCAACGCACAGCUGGAAUCCGCAGCGCAGAAGCUUGAAAGUUGA